ACUAAAAUCCAGACACUUUUACAAACUACUUGAAAAUGUUAAUUUCAACAAAGUACAAGGACUAAAUUUGUAGUUCACUUUAAAGUAUAACAGUAGAUGUUAGUUCCUAUUUGCAAAUAAACCUUCCCAAGAUUCUCUCUCUCUAAUGCCGUCCCAUUCCCAAGAUAAACAACGAACCACGAUUGAAUUCAAUAAUCAAACCCCAAAAUGCACAUGUCACCCAAUUUCUCCAUUGAUUCUACAACAAUGAAGAAAAAGAUCUACUUCAACUCCAUAUUUAGCAAGCUAUGACGGCGGAGAUUUAUAGCUUCUUCCGAUCUCGAUCUGUAACUGAAUCUGUUUCCGUUUCUGGAUUCAACUUCGACAAGGACCACAGAAAGGGAAUCAUCAUGAUGAAGCGGUCGGUGCGUCCUUUGUUCAGUGUAGUCUUUGUUUUUGCCGCCGCCGCUGCCACUCUUUGUUUCCGGAUUAUUGUUUCUGGUGGGGCCGGAGACCCGUUUGUUGCAAGUGACGUGGGAGAAAUCCAGAAGCUUCCCCCGGUGUUCAAUGCUACUUUGUUGACGUUCGCUGCGGUUGAUUUGGCUCAAGAUUCAUUGAGGCGGGACGUCGAACAGUUGGUGGACGGGAACUUUCGAAACGCUCGAAACAAUCGCCAGCGUUCGUUUUUGUCGGCAGGGCGAUACCGUUUGGAUAUUGGAGCAAGGUCUGCUAGGGGUGGUCCUCUAGACCUCAGGUCACCGGAGUUUUACAGACUCUGGUUGGAAUCCCGGCGAUAUUUGCAAGAUUGGUGGCGCCACCGUCGUUUCGAGUCUGACGUAAUGUCCAACAUGGUCAACGUCACUUCAAAAAUGGCCGGAGUUUUGGGAUCCGGGAGGAAGUACAGGACCUGUGCCGUUGUAGGUAACAGUGGUAUCUUGCUCAAAGGUAAUCUUGGCAAAGCAAUCGAUAGCCAUGAAUUCGUUAUCCGAUUAAACAAUGCAAGAAUCGGGGGUUUCGAACAAUUUGUGGGUUCAAAAACAAGUCUUUCGUUCAUGAAUAGCAACAUCCUACACUUAUGUGCUCGUAGAGGAGGUUGUUUUUGUCACCCAUAUGGAGAAAAUGUACCCAUAAUGAUGUACAUGUCCCAAGCUGUGCAUUUUCUUGACUUCGCUGUCUGUAACACAUCGCACAAGGCCCCGUUGAUGAUCACUGAUCCGCGGCUCGACGUGUUAACUGCGCAGAUCGUUAAGUAUUAUUCAGUCAAGAGAUUCUUGAAAGAAACCGGAAAGCCGUUAGAGGCAUGGGCUUCCCUUCAUGGAGGAGCCGAAUUCCAUUAUUCCUCCGGCAUGCAGGCCAUCAUGGUUGCUUUAGGGGUGUGCCAGAAAGUCGGCAUCUUUGGGUUCGGCAAAUCGGAUUCAGCCAAGCACCAUUACCAUACGAAUCAGAAAACAGAGCUUAGUUUGCACGAUUAUCUGGCAGAGUAUGAUCUUUAUCAAGAUCUAGUGGAGACACCUGAAGCCAUUCCCUUCGUCUCAGAUAAGUUCAAGUUCCCUACUGUUAUCAUGCAUAGAUGACACAUUUUAGCUCUUCUUUUCUUAACACUUGUUCAGCAAUUCCCACUUCUGUUGAUGUAAAACAUAUUACAAGUAGAUACACAAUAUAUAAACUGUAAACAUCGAAUUUUCAAGAAAUUCAUUUAUGUUUGUUGUCAUUGAAACGAAGACGACCUUUUGUUUUUUAUUGAAGAUGGUAGCUUUGGAUC